AUGGCUGUCGGGCGGCCGACGGCCUCGGCGGUCGCGACGCUGGUGGUGUGCCUGACGCUUGGCGGAAGCGCCUUCAACCUGGACGCCGAGCGGCCGUCCGUGUACGACGGCCCCCCGGGCAGUUACUUCGGCUUCUCGGUGGACUUUUUUAAAGCCCCCGACAGCCAGCGGUCGGACGUCCUGAUCGGGGCGCCGCGGGCCAACGCCUCGGGCGACGUCGCGGAACGAGGCGCCGUCUACGGCUGCCCCUGGGCCGGCGGCUGCCGCCAGAUCCUCUUCGACUCAUCGGGUGAGAGGAAGAACGCGGACGGUGCUCAGAUGGAGUUCAAAUCCAAGCAGUGGUUGGGCGCCUCCGUGCGCUCGGACGGCGAGCACAUCCUGGCGUGCGCGCCGCUCUACCAGUGGUCCACCUUCGGCGUGUCGGAGCGCGAGCCGGUGGGGACGUGCUUCCUGAAGAAAGACGGCACGGUGGUGGAGUACUCGCCCUGUCGAUCCAGCGCCGGCUCUCCGGAGGGGCAGGGCUUCUGCCAGGCCGGCUUCAGCGCCGACUUUCUCAAGUCGGACAAGCGAGUGGUGGUGGGAGGACCCGGAAGCUUCUACUGGCAAGGUCAGCUGAUAUCGGACGACGUGUCGGAAAUCCUGGCCCGCUCGGACGGCAGUUUCAUCAGCCCCUACGGAAACACCUUGGCCACCAAGACGGCCGGCGCGCAGUACGACGACAGUUACCUGGGCUAUUCCGUGACCGUCGGAGACUUCAACGGCGACGGGAAAGAAGAUUACGUGACGGGCGUUCCCCGGGGCGACAAGGCGCUAGGUUACGUGAACAUUUUCAACGGACACAAUAUGGAGUCCAUGGUCAACUUCACGGGUAGUCAGAUGGCGGCCUACUUCGGCCACUCGGUCGCCGCCAGCGACGUCAACCGAGACGGUUUGAUAGACCUGCUGGUGGGCGCGCCUCUCUUUAUGGACCGAGGUUCCGACGGAAAGCUCCGGGAGGUCGGACAGGUGAGCGUCUUUUUGGGCAGAGGAGGCUUCUCCUUCGGGCCGGCGCAGACGCUGACGGGCUCCCAAGUGUACGCCCGAUACGGCUCGUCCGUGGCCGCGCUGGGAGAUCUGGACAUGGACGGCUACAACGACGUGGCCAUCUCGGCCCCUUAUGGCGGUCCGCGGCACUUGGGCCGGGUGUACAUCCACAACGGCGGCCCGCAGGGACCCUCGCCGGCGCCCUCGCAGGUCCUCGAGGGCAAGUGGGCCUCCAGCUACAUGCCGGCUAGUUUUGGCUACUCCAUGGCGGGAAACACCGACAUCGACCGCAACGGCUAUCCAGAUUUACUCGUGGGAGCGUUUGGAGCGGACAGGGCUGUUUUGUACAGAGCGCGUCCCGUCAUCGGCGUCAACGCCACGCUGGACGUCGCCCCGCAAAUCGUCAACCCGGAGGAGAAGAGCUGCACCCUUCCCGGCUCCGGCGCGUCCGUGUCCUGCUUCAAGGUCAAGUACUGCCUGAAAGCCGGCGGCCGAGGAGCGCCAGCCUCUCUCACGUUCCGCGUGGACGUUCUGUUGGACCGUCUGAAGCAGAAGGAGGCGGCCAAGCGGGUUCUCUUCCUACACGGGCGAAGCGUCAGCUACGCCAAGAACGUCACGCUGGUCAACGGUGGAGACCCGGCGUGCGAGGAGCAGCAGGUCUUCCUCAGGGACGAUCGCGAUUUCCGAGACAAGAUCACGCCCAUCUCGGUGGUUCUGGAAUACGCUUUGGACUAUCGGCGCGCCGGAGACGCGAACGGACUGCUGCCCGUCCUGGACGCGGCGGCGCCUCCCAACGUCACCCGCCAGGCUCACAUCUUGCUGGACUGCGGCAAAGACAACGUGUGCAAACCCGACCUGCGGCUGUCGGUGGAAAGCGACCGCGCGGAGAUGGCGGUGGGCGACGACAACGCCGUGACGCUGACGGUGAACGCCGAGAACCGCGGCGAGGGCGCCUACGAGGCCGAGCUUCACGUCUUCCCUCCGCCGCGGGCCGACUUUACCGGCGUGGUGCGCGGCCAGGCGCUGAGCCGGCUGUCGUGCGCCUACAAGAAGGAGAACCGUACCAAGAUGGUGGUGUGCGACCUGGGGAACCCUAUGAAGGGGGGAACCAAGGUGCGGGCCGAGUUGCGCUUCAGCGUCCACCAGCUGUCGGAGGACGACGCCGACGUGCGCUUCGACCUGCAGAUGGUCAGUUCUAACCAGUUCAACAACACCAGCGCCAGAGUGUCCAGUAUCACCAAACUGAUCGUGGUCGCACAAGUUUCCAUACGAGGCACGUCGUCUCCCGGUCAGGUGUUGCUUCCCGUGGCCAACUGGAAGUCCAGAGUUCCUCCGCUCACCGGAGACGACGUGGGACCGCAAAUCGUGCACGUCUACGAGUUGCUGAACGCGGGUCCCAGCACGCUGAGCCGCACGUCGCUGGAGGUGGAGUGGCCGUACGGCUACGCCGACGCCUCCCUCCUCUACGUCACGCACUUUGACACGGAGGGCCCCGUCAACUGCUCGGCGGACGUCGCCCUCAACCGGCUCAACGUCACGUUUGAGAGUCCCCCGGCGGCGCUGAAAAACGUCAGCGGCGAGCGACAGACGGAAGGACGCAAGCGCGUGCGCAAGAGGGACCUGGAGGGCGCCGGAGGCGACGACAACGACCCGGUCACCGUGGAAUGCGGCUCGGCGGCCGCGGCGUGCCUCAAACUCCGCUGUCAGGUGGGACGCUUAGAGAGGAAAAAGAACGCCAUCGUCUUCGUCUACUCCCGGCUGCACGUGGACAACUUCCUCAAAGCCGAGACGGAGAAUCGCUCCUACUCCUUUGUAUCCAGCGCCUCCUUCAACGUCAUCCAGAUGCCUUACAAGAAGCUUCCGGCCACGUUGCCGUCUAACAGCACCACGGUCGGCGUGCGGGUGCUGUGGGUGGCGGACGCGGCGCCGCCCGUUCCCGGCUGGGUGGUGGCGCUGGCCGUGCUGGCCGGACUCCUGCUGCUGGCGCUGCUCAUAUUCGUCAUGUACAAGUUGGGCUUCUUCAAGCGAGUGCGCCCGCCGCAAGACGACUGUCUGGAGAAGGAGCAGCUGCAGCCCGAGGACAACGCCAACGCCGACACCUAG